AUGACGGGUAUGCCUGCACCAAGUCAGAACCGAGGGAAUAAUCAGGUGUCUUGGGGAAACAUAGCUCAGGAGAGGGUGUACUUGCUUACUCCAGUGGAUGCAGAACACGCUGGCAACGUGGUGAUAGGUACCAUGUUACUACUUUUAAAUAAAGAUGUUGUUUUAUUCGAUUCAAGAGCAAUCCACUUCUUUAUAUCUGCAAAUUUUGUGAAACUGUGUGGGGCUGAAACCCAAGUUAUGGAUGAGGGGUUGUCUAUGGCUACACCCUCUGGGAGUGUGGUAAUCUGUAGGAAGGUGUUAGAGAACUGCCUAGUGGUAGUUCAGGGAAGGUUGCUAUCGAUGAAUCUGGUAGUAUAUGACAUGUUUGGUUUUGAUGUUAUACUAGGGAUGGAUUGGUUAUCUUCCAGUUUUGCUGUGAUUGAUUGUAGUAGGAAAGUGGUGGUGUUCAAACCUUUUGGAGAAAUGAAGUAUAAGUUUGUAGGAUUGUGUAUGCAUUCGACGCUAGAGAUUUCGUUGGCAAUGCAGGCCGUGGGUGAUAACUGA